GUUCAUUAAUUGGCAAAAUAUUUACAAAUUGUUUCCUAAUAAUCCGUGGUGGAAGGUGUGUUUUGAUAGCAUGAUGAACCCCAAGAUGAGCCUUUCGCCUCCGCAGCAGCAGUUCCCGGCCAUGAACUCACCGCAGAGGGCCGGCUCGUCCUCGCUCUCUGUUCCCGGUGGCUCGUCUAGCCGCAUCAAGGUUGCCCUGAAGCCUGGCCGAUCUUUAAUGGACUGGGUUCGGCUGGGUAAGCAGCAGGGACGAAGGCUGAAUGGAGUGCAAGGACAGAGGAUGGAGGUGACUGAAGAAGAACUCGCCAAGCAUAACAAGAUUGACGAUGGCUGGUUGGCGAUCAGAGGUAAAGUAUACAAUGUGACCCCCUACAUGGAGUAUCACCCUGGAGGAGCUGAGGAGUUAGAGAGAGGCCUUGGAAAAGAUGCUACCGAUCUCUUCAAUGAGGUACAUAGAUGGGUGAAUGUAGAGUCAAUGCUUGAAAAGUGUCACAUUGGUUCUCUUCAGAAAGCUGAUCCCAUGGCUGUCUUCAAAGUGCCAGAUAAGAAGACCUCCCCUUCCAAGCCUGAGGAGACUGGAAGCUAUACUAUAAAAUGGCCCGAUACUGUAGAAGACAUUCCGUGGUAUAUGUGCAAGCUCAGAGGCAGAGACAAUAAAGUCAGAGCAAAACACGACUGGUACCAAAUGGGCGAUCAGGUUGUCAUAUCAAUAUAUGCUAAAUGCAGGUUUUUCACCACGGACCAUGUAAUAGUAGACCUGAAAGAGAAGACCCUGAAAGUAACUCUCUACCUCGACAGUCAGUACUUCACACUCCAUCUUGAACUUCCAGAGGAGGUCCAUCCAAACGUUAAAGUGACACAACGCAAGGGUAACAUGCCUAUUAGAUGCGACCUUUGGCUGAAGAAGAAGAAUCCAAACAUCAAAUGGACGACGUUAGGGCUCCCUCUAGAUGACCACAAGAAAACAGCCCCAGCCACCGAUUACGAGCCUUGCUUCAGAACCUGUACGUUACGUAAACGGACACCUGUGACGCACGACACGUAUCUGAUGACCUUUGACCUUCCUGAAGGCACACAGUUCAAAGUUCCUUUCGGACAUCAUGUAUACCUCAAAGCAAAUGUUCAUGGAGAGGAAGUGAGUAGACCGUACACACCAGUGUACCCAAGCCUGAAACAUGAGGAGGAGAAUGAGGAAGAAACAGAUAGGUCAAACUCAAAGUGCUGUGUUCACCUCAUGGUUAAAAUAUAUCCACAGGGACUCUUCACACAACACUUAGCAACUCUCAAAGAAGGUGACCAGAUUGAAAUGAGUAACCAUGAUGGUAAUUUCAACCAUGAGUGUACAUACAAGCAGCUAACAGUGGUCUACUUCAUAGCAGCGGGUACAGGCUUUACCCCUAUGGUCAAACUCAUCCAGAGAGGUCUUGCAGAAGAAUCCAAAUGCAAGUUCAGACUGUUAUUCUUCAACAAGACCCAGAAGGAUAUUGUCUGGAGGGAGCAUUUGGAUGAGUGUGUAGAACAGAGCAAAGGAAGGUUUGAAGUAACUCACAUCCUGUCUGCUGAAGGAGCGCCCUCAUGGGCGGGUCACACGGGUCGCAUCAGCAAAGAGCUUCUCAACGAGCUAAUACCCAAGCAUGGCCCUGAAGAUAUACCUGUCUUUGCAAUUUGUGGGCCUACUCCUUUUAUGAAUACUGCUUUCCAAUUGCUUCUGGAUGCUGGUUUUAAGGAGAAAUGCAUCUGUCUUUUCUCAGGUUGAUAAUGGCGAGACAAACCAUAACAAAGAAAUAGACUUUGGCUAAAAAAAACCUUUUAAUCUAGACCGGAUCCCAUCCCAUCAUUCCUUUCGGACCCACUCUCCAUCAUCUGAAUGUCGAAAACCUUAGGAUUACCUCGUCAUGUGAAACAUUGAGCUAUCAUAGCUUCCGGUGGCAA